AUGGCGCGUUCCACGCGCGUCAGCUUCGGCCCGAACGGCGUCUGCGCCUUCGCGACGGGCAAGAGGUGCUGCAUCGAGCGGCUCGCCGCUCUCGACGCUGCUGCCUCGGCGGGCGGCGGCGUCGCGCGGGCGGUCGAGCUGGCCGAGCCGCUGCUGGAGGUGCGUCUCCACGGCGGCGCGCGCUGCGAGCGCGAGGAGGGAAACCUCGUCCUCCCCACUCCGGCUGCACUCGAGGGCGCGGUGCGCGAGUUCAAGGACGCCGAGGGCGCUGCGAGCGCGAUCCAGGAGGCGGAGCGGGCGCGGCAGCGCGAGCGGCAGCACCUGUGGAAGCUCGUCCAGGCGCUGCUGGCCGCCACCCUCCGCCCGGCCGCCGGCGGCGAGCUCGGCCUCAGCGAGGAGCAGGCGGCGCUGAUGGCUGCAAAGCGACGCGAGGCGGUGCGGAGCUGGCUGCGGCUCGCGCUGGCAGCGCCGACGGCGGCGGGCUUGCCGGCCGAGGGCGGCGCCGCCGCCCUCGAGCUGUGCAAGGGGCUGCAACCAAACGGCCCCGUCAAGUUGCCCAUCGAAAAAGAGGCGCCGCGCGGCUACCUCGCCGCCAUCCUCGCCCAGCCCGUCGCCUCGGUGCGCGGGGACAUGGCCGCGCAGCUCGCAGCGUACUGCGCCGUCGUCGCCAACUUCUACGCCUUCACCACCGCCGCGGCGGCCGGCGAGCUUGCGCCGCGUACCCCGGACUCGGUGCGGCAGUCUGCCGAGCAGCUGCUCGAGGCUCUGCGCGGCGAGGCGGCGGCGCAGCGGCGCUCUCUCGAGCGCGACGAGGCGCUGCACGGCGACCUCCGCGCGUGGAGCGAGGAGGCGGCCGCGUGGCACGCCUGCCGCCGCUCGAUGGAGGAGAACCUCGGGGUGGUGCGCGACAAGCUCGACUUCUACGCUGGCUACGUCGCAGAGGCCGACCCUGCCAUGGUCACCGACUAGCGCGCGUGCGGGUGCUGGGUUGUUUCGCAUCGCUGCAAAACGCGAAGCGUUCUCGCGCCAGUCAACCAACGGCAAGAGUCGCGCCAGCGCCAAGAGCCGUAUCUCAAAGUGGCGCAAGUCUCGGGUCU